AUGUCAAGUGAGCAAGGUGGCGACUCGUAUGGAGUCGCAAAGCCGCGUCGAAAACGAGUAAGGUGGGACUGCAAUGGAAGGCGCAAGCGCGUUACGGCUACCGCAUUUGUUAGCGAUUUCCUCCCAGCGCCACAGGCUAACAAGGUUUCAGAUGAUGUGCCAAAGUCUCCAAGAGAGCGAAAGGGGCACUUUGGGAACCAAAACCCACCGGCCUCACAGAAGGUGCCCGUCCGGCUAAAGCCCACUGUGACGCGCCAGGUAGGCCCCGGUAAAACGUUGCAUGCGGGCAAAAAGCAUUUUUUAGCCAAGGGUAAGCUGCGCAACCCGGACGGUCCCUUCAAUCAUAGGGCACGUUAUUCGAAAUUUAAGCGGUCUAUUGUUGAGCUACGACGCGAAGUGUUUGAAUCGCUUAUAAACGGAGAUCAGCAAAGCAGUAUACAGGACGCUCUGGCGGCAGUUGCAGUCGGUAGCUCAGUAACUUCUUCAUCGGAAAAUACUGCACUGACUUCACCCAGUCAUACGCUACAACCUCUUCAAGCACUCGUCGGGAAGUUGCAUUCCCUGUACGCUAGAUUACACAGUGAAAUGAACCGUAAAUCUUACGUGAAGGCGGCGCGCUGCCUCACAACUAUCCGCAGACUGCGGAAGCGUUUGAACAAAACUGCCUUGGGGUGGAAAGGGGGCGUGAUUACAGUAAAUACGGGAGCCACGCGGGAGGAUGCUCCGACUGUGGAACCUGACAGGAGCCAAACGCGGGGAGAAUGCAACGAGGGCGCCUCAGCAGGGAAGCAGGGGGACUCAGAAGGUGCUGCCAAGGCUGAUAACGUUGGCUCCGACGGCGAACCGAAUUUUGUUAAUUUUUACCCCUCCUUAUCCCUAAUGGGGAUCGGCACACAUCCACUGACGGCCGUUAUUGACCAGCGAAGUGGGCGCCACCCACGGCAGCUCACUGCUAGUGAAGUGGCUCAGUUGCACAAUACCACACCGGACUUGUUGGUGGCUGCUGCCAACAGCAACAAACCCAGAAAUCCGAUCCCUAGGUAUCUCGUCUCUUCUUGCGCUAACAUUCUAACGGACAGGUUGGACGAUAUCGUUUUUACUAUCCUUCAGCGGCAGUACACUCUUCAAAAGCGUAUGAAAAAGGAGAAACCACUCCAAUUCAAGGCCAGAAAGUUCUAUUCGACCGGAAUGAGGGAAACCUUACGGGCGCUCAGGGCUGCUGCCACUCGGAUUCCUGUUGUACUAAUUGCUUCAGACAUUGAGUUAAACGGCACUCUCAGUCCAAACAUAGACAAAGAGUUCUGCGUUGAAAGAGAAGGGACUGCAGAGAAUGUGGUAGCCACCGUUAGCAGGUCGCAACACAAAACGGUAGGGGAGCUUGGGGUUAGUGGAACACUCGAGGAGAUACACUCCCACUGUGUGAAGGGCAAUAUCCCACUCGUCACGUGUAUGAGUAGGCGCAAGUUGGCGUACGCACUUUUUGCAAAAGGAUGCAAUAUAUCCAUUGUUGUCCUUCAUUCGGCUGAAGGAGUUCAUGAAGAGGUAAGGGCAUUACGGCACUACGCCCACCAACUUUGCGAGCAGUACCGACGCAUAACUCCUUCAGAACAGGGUACUUAA